ACACGAUACACGACAUAUUCGCAGCAGAGUUUUCCUCGUCAGUCAAUGAACCAAAAUAUCGUGGUUUCGCGCAAAGUAAUUUGAGAGUUGCUGUCCAUGGAAACUCUCAUAUGCUGAUCAUUUUGUUCUCAUAGCCGAAUCUCUGGCAGAAUUAAAGAAUAAAUUCCAGACAUGGAAGCUAACUCUAGUAUUAAGGGGUCUAAAGUUUGUGUUUGGAUGAUCUGACCUUUCAACGAUGGAUAGAAGAGGCAGAGGUUCCUUCUUCAUUUUACUACAGUUACUUAAUCAUCUAAUGUAUCUUGGUGGCUUUUCUGUAAUCCCACCAGUUACAUUAUUUGUCACCUUAGUGAAUGUAGCUGUUCACUUUGAGAACUUCUUUAUGCCCGUAUCGAUUUUCCCAUCAGUAGAAACUGCUUGCAUCAGUGUGUUUCAUGUAUGGACUCAUUUGCAAUGGAAACGACUAAUCUAUGGAGCAUUUUUCCAUCUCGAUGAUCUACAUCUUUAUUAUAACAUGGUUUCUUUCCUUUCGAAAGGUAUCCGCCUAGAAAAAAGGCUAUCAUCACAACACUUUGGAUUUUUAUUGGUAUUUUGUACUGUAGCUUCAGGUGUCGUUCUUAUUGCACUAAAUAUUUUAAUGAUGAUAUUAACUAAUGAUACUUCCUAUGAACUGACUUGUGCUGUUGGUUUCUCAGCUGUGAUAUUUGCCAUUAAAGUCGUCCUUAAUUACAUGAAUCCACAAGAACAGCAUGCUUAUGGAGGCUUUUUAAUUCCAUAUAAGUAUAUACAUUGGUUAGAAGUUGUUAUGAUUCAGCUCAUAGUUCCACAAGCCUCAUUCUUAGGUCAUAUAUCUGGGAUCAUUGUUGGUUUGAUAUACUGUAAAACUCCCUUGAAAGAUAUUUUCAGCAGAAUAUUCCCACCAGAUCAAAGAAGUGAGAGUGAGCAUGAAAAUCCAUAUUCUAGUAAUAGAUAUAAUCAAUAUCCUGGUCACCAACCGCAUUAUGAUGCUUAUCAAUCUCCAUAUACACCAUAUGGGUUCCGCUACAGAAGGUUCUGAAGAUAUUAAAGAGACACUCUUAAUGACAAUCUCCUGUUUGUUGAGAUCCACUUUUUGGAUUGUGCCAGAAGAUGUUCAGAGUAUUUCUUAUUUUUAAAAUCUGAUCUCCAUGUUAAAAGAAAUGCAACUUGCUUAUUUCCCCUCUACUACUAAAUUCAUGUAUUGGCCCUACUAUAACAAAUGAAUAUUGGAAUUCAAAUGAAACUCUGUAUACACAUCAAACUCUGAAUUACAUUAUUAUGCAUUAUACACUCACAUACACACACACACACACACACACAGAUAUCCCCUCCUUCCCUAAAUUGCAUGUGCUUAUAUAUGUUUUGGAGAUGUACUAACCAGGCUAGUGAUCUGAGACUGUUUUGAAACUAAAGCAAUUACAAUGUAAAAGAUACAUUUUAUCUUUUGAAAAACACUCAAAAAAUGCCAACUUCAUUUAAACAUUUAUUAUUUUGUGUUAAAAUUUUCCUGGCACUAACUGCAGUGGGAUCAUGAGUGUCCCAGAUUGCAUUUGGUUUGAUGAAAAUUUUGACACCAAAUAAUAUAUGUAAGUGGGGUUAACAGUUUUUAUGUGAUUUUGAAUGAGUAAUAUGUGUCCUUCAUACUGUAAUGGUGUUCUUAUACAUACAUGCAUGCAUGCAUACAUACAUAUGUACGUAUGUAUGUAUGUGCAUGCAUGCAUAGUAAAAUAUCAUUUAAUUAACGUUUUUGGUUGAUUGUUUGCAUUAGUGGAUUGAAAAGAAUUUUGCUAAAGAAAUCCACAGAUGUGUAGUGUUUGCCAGAAAAUUGAUUGAAUGAAACCCUGGUCAGAUAUGUAAUCUUGCUUAUCUUUCAUGCAAACAAACAUAUAUUAGACUCUAUAAGUUAAACACUUUGUGUGUAUCACACAAGCACACACAUGAAACAAAUACAUACAUACGUAUGUAUGCAGUUGUCACUGCUAUUUGUUUCUAAAACUUAAUUUCAAAUUAAAAUUGAAAACGAAAAAAAAAAUUUUUGAAUAUUUUAUUUAUUUUUAUAAUAACGUUCCUUUGAAAUUACUAAAAACAAUUCUGAUAAAUAAAAUUGAAAACAAUAAGAUAAAAUUCCUGUCUUUAACAAAGUGUUCCUCUAAAACAUUUUGAUGUAUUUUGCUCAAAUUUUCAAGAAAAUUUAUUGCUAAAAAAUAAAAAGAAAUGUUAUUUUUAUGUGUAGCUUAUUUAAAAAAGUUAAAAACUUGUAAAAAGGGGUAUGGUUUCCCUUAGAUUUUAACUGUGCAAACUUGAAUGAAACUUAGCAAUACCCACACCCACCUUUUUGUUUUAAUUUUGCUUUAUUUGUAUAUUGGUAUCUUAUGCUGUUACAUCUUAUCACUUGAAUGUUUUGUCUUGUAAUCUAUUGUCAUUAAAAUAUACCCUAUUUUCUGAAUUAUUUU